CGGGUAUCCAAUCGCCAUCCCACAACCAGCAUGGCCAUGGCCCUGGUACACCCAGCCAUCAUCCCCGAGGACUCUCCUCAACGCCCCUCCAGGGCGAAAUCGGUACUCAACUAUGCGGAUCUUGUGCCGGAAGACGCCUCGGACGCUUCGGUCUCUGACGGCGCAUCCGAGUUCGAACCAGAGGUCAACAAGGCAGUGGCGGUCGAUGUGCUGCAUGGAAUGAGCGGCGGCGAAGAGGAGCUGAGAGCGCUCGUUCCCCCGCCUCCUGCGCUUAGCGAGGCCUCUGCGGAAGCAGGUCCCUCUGUGGUCCGCGCAAUCCCUAGAAAGAGGGCCAGUGUGGCGGUCUCUGCUGAAGCCUCUUCCUCCAAGCCGCCUUCCUCGGAAGAGACGAAGCGCAACUAUCCCAGUAGGACGCAAAAGAGGUUCAAGUGUACGCAUGAAGGGUGCGAGAAGGCGUAUACCAAGCCCUCGAGGUUGGCCGAGCACGAGAUGACCCAUCGGGGCGAACGCCCAUACAAAUGUGUCCAAUGCGACCAGGCUUACUCCCGAGAGGACCACCUUAAGGCUCAUGCUCGCACGCAUCUCAAAGUUGAGGUCAAGCCCUUUCCCUGUACCGAACAGGGCUGCACGCAGUCAUUCUGGACACCAUCCAAGUUGAAGAGGCAUCUGGAGGUCCAUGACAAAGAGAGAACAUACAAGUGCGACCAUUGCGAUGCCAUGUUCAACAAGCACAUCCUUUUGCGCGAACAUGUCGUUGUUGUCCAUAUGCCUGCGGGUACCAAACCUUUCAUCUGCAGUCAUGAAGAUUGCUCGGCGUCUUUCAGCUUGAAGGCUCAUCUCAAAACCCAUGAGAAAACCCACGAUCCCAAACGGUUCACUUGCGCUCAUCCAUCCCACACCGACGACCUCCCCAUCUUUUCAAAAUGGUCCGAAUUCCAAAAACACAUGACCGACGCUCACCCCCCCACCUGUCCUCACCCAGAAUGUAACAACCGGACGUUCAAGAGCAACGCGCGUUUACGCGACCACCUCAAAGUGCACGCUGAGCAGGAGGCAGACAGGGUGGCCAAGGAGGCGAGGGAGGCUGUGGCUGUGAAUGGACAGAAAGAGCCGAUACCGCAGUUGGUGUUGGAGGGUAUGAUGAAGAGCAGACGGAAGAGGAAGAGGGAGAGUACGGCUGCCGAUGAUGACAAGCCGAAGAAGUUGAAAAAGGCCGAGGGAGAUGCUGGGAAGGACCAUGCUUGUGACUGGAUGGAGUGCGAGAAACGGUUCAAGACCAAAUACGCUAUGGAAACCCACCGCAACGUCGUGCACCUCAAGAUCCGCUCUCACACCUGCCCCCACGCCGACUGCGACAAAGCCUACGCCCACAAAGCUACCCUCAUGCAGCACCUCUCCAAACACGAUACCGCUUCUCCCCCUGGCGUCGAUGGAGAGAGCAAUGGCGGAACGUCCGGCCCGUCAUCGCGUCCUGCGUCGAGGAGGGGUUCGCAGAGUGAGGGGACCAUGUUGACGGGGGCUGUGAGGGAGCUCAGGCGGUUUGUCUGCCCCGCGUGGGCAUUGGGGAGUGCUCCCCCGGCUUUGGAGACUGCAUCGCAGACGGCGCUCGAUCCCAAUAUCGACCCAACCCUGCAAGAAGACAAGCAUGGAAACGAGCAGCUCCUUUCUAUCCUUUCGCCCAUCCAGGGCGAGGGUGCCGGUAUAUCCGGGGUUGAAGGCGAGACUGAGGGCGAGCAGGGGCGGUGUAUCUCGCGGUUCUGGAGAGUGUAUGAUGUGAGGAGGCAUUUGAAGUCGGAGCAUGGGAUGGAGCUGGAGGAUCUGCAGGUGAGGAUGCUGUUGGUGAAGACGGGGCAGGACGGGACGUGAGAAGAGUCAAUCUAUGAGAGUAGAUUCAAUCAAGGACAUUUGUAGCAUAGCAACAAGAACAAAUCCAUUACAUAGCAUUCAUGAAAAAACCAUGACC